AUGGAGAAGCUAAAGUGGGCUUUCGACCAGACGAGCUUCGACCGGGACCGGGCGUACGGUUUCGCGUGGCCUCAGAGGAACUAUCGGUGCAGCUUUUGCAAGAAGGAGUUCAAAUCCGCGCAGGCGCUCGGUGGCCACAUGAACGUCCACAGACGAGACCGGGCCCGCAUGAGGCUUUCGUCGCCUUCUUCGGGUUCGUGGGAUUUUACGUAUCCGCCGAACCCUAAUUACUCUAACCCUAACCUUAAUCCAAAGCCAAACCCUAUCCCAAACCCUAACUCUAACCCUAGGACUGUGCUUUUUUCGGGUUCGUUGCUCGGGAAAAAUGUUUCGAGUAAUUUCGAGCGUGGGGAUUUUAGGGGGAAGAAGAGCAAAGGGGAUCGGUUCGGGUCGGGUGAUGCUAGGGUUUGGAAGGCGAACGAGUUUGUCGAGCUGGAUUUGAGCCUGGGUGUGAUUGAUGAUCAUGAUGAUGAUGAGAAUAAGGAGGAUUUGGAUUUGGAGCUUAGACUUGGGUGUUCUUCUUGA